GCAUGGAUCCUUAAACCUCACUUUGGGAUUUAAAUACUUUUCCAUAUGGGUACUUCGAAAGUUCUCAGCAUUGUUUUCUUCGUGCUAUUGGGCGUAGGCAUAUGCUCCGCUGCAAGAACACUCCUCACCAUUGGUGGAGGUGUGCAUGGUGAGAUAGGUGUUGGUGUUGGUGUAGGAGGUUAUGGUGGUGGUGGAGGUUCAGGUGGAGGUGGAGGAUAUGGAGGCGCGGGAGGGCAUGGUGUAGGUAGCGACGGAGGAGCAGCGGUUGGCGGAUACGGGGGAGGCGGUGGUGGAGGAAGUGGAGGUGGUGGUGGUGCUGGAGGUGUUGAUGGGGGUGGAUAUGGAGGAGGAGCAGGUAAAGGAGGUGGUGAAGGGUAUGGUGGAGGUGGAGCUCAUGGCGGUGGCUAUGCUGGCGGUGGCGGAGGCGGCAGUGGAGGAGGCGGUGGAGGUGGUGCAGGAGCCGGAGGUGCUGGUGGGGGGUACGGAGGUGGUGAAGGAGGUGGAGCUGGUGGUGGAUAUGGUGGAGACCAUGGCGGCGGAUAUGGAGGUGGCGGUGGAAGUGGCGGCGGCGGUGGUGCCGGUGCUGGUGGAGCUCAUGGAGGUGGAUAUGGUAGUGGUGGAGGAUCAGGCGGAGGCUAUGGAGGAGGAGCGGCUGGCGGUGGCGGUGGUGGCUCUGGUGGCGGCGGUGGUGCCGGUUCUGGCGGUGGAGGUGCACAUGGAGGAGGUUAUGGAGGUGGUGCUGGUGGUGGCGAAGGUGGUGGCCACGGUGGAUAUUACCCUUGAGGCUUAAUGAGCCUACAAUAAAUUCCAAUGUUCAAAAAGAAUAUCUAGCUCAUCGUAACCAUACUAGUACCAACAAUAAGAUAUGGGUACGAGGAUGCUUAUAAACUAAUGAAAUUGAAGUGUAACAUGUCCUUGCAUGUUGUCAAAUGUUCCAUGAAUGGUUUGGAAGCCUUUACAUAUAGUAGUAUUAUGUCACUAUA